AUGGCCGAUAUUGAAAAGCAGGACGUCCAAAAGGUAGAGCACCGCAAGGCCAGUCUCGAAGAGCUGAAGCAGGCGACUACAAUUGACACCGUCCAUCAAGAUGAGGCGCUCAAGGUGCUCGCACAAUAUGCUGGUGACAUGAAUUGGACUCCGGAAGAGGAGAAGAAGCUUACGCGGAAGAUUGACCGCAAACUCAUUGCUCUUCUGUGUGUAACAUACGGUCUGCAAUACUACGAUAAGGCUAUGCUUUCUCAGGCCGCCCUGUUUGGGCUGAGGCAGGAUCUCGAACUCAGCGUCGGCAAUCGAUAUAGCUUCUCGGCCAGCAUCUUCUAUCUCGGCUUCAUCGUCGGAAGUUACCCUGCAAUUCUCAUGGCACAGCGCUUUCCCAUCGAGAGAGUUGCUUCGGCUAUUGUCGCAGUCUGGGGAAUAUGUCUCAUGUGCUCGGCGGCAUGCACAAAUUGGCAAGGCUUCUACGCCCAGCGCUUCUUCCUAGGGUUCCUGGAAAGUGGAAUCUCACCGAUGUUCAUGCUGGUGGUCGGCGGCUGGUACAAGAAGCAAGAGCAGGCUCUGCGUAUGGGCGCGUGGUAUUGCUGCACAGGUUAUGUGUCCGCAGUGUCGCCGCUGAUCAACUACGGCCUUGGACACAUAAGCGGCGGGGCACUGAACAGCUGGCAGUAUAUGUACUUGGUCGCUGGCGCCAUCACAAUCCUCUGGGCUUUUGUCAUCUACUUUUUCAUGCCACCGGAUCCAAUCCGCGCGAAAGGCUUUACCGACAGAGAGCGAUACAUCGCUGUGGCACGCAUGCGCGCAAACAACUCCGGCGUCCGCAAUACUCACUUCAAGAUAGAGCAACUGUGGGAAUCGCUACUUGACAUCAAGUUCUGGCUCAUCUUCGCUACCGCCUUCCUCAUAAUGAUUGCGAAUGGCCCCGUAUCUUCUUUCAUCCCGAUCAUCAUCAGUGGCUUCGGAUACAACCGUCUCAACUCACUGUUGCUGACAUUGCCGGCUGGAGCUAUCAUUGGAACCAUUGAGUUAGCUGCACCGUAUCUCGCGUAUCGCGUACCUCGCAUCCGGACUUGGAUCAUCGCAUUCUGUCAGCUUGGUACAAUUCUAGCUAGCCUUCUACUCUGGCUGCUACCUCGGGGCGCCAAAGGCGGUCUACUAUUUGCAUGCUACAUUCUUGCUUCAUUCGGCGGAGGCUACGCCGUUCUAAUGGGCUUACAGAUAGCUAAUACAGCUGGCUACACGAAGCGUUCUGUCACUUCAUCGGGAAUCUUCGUAGGCUACUGCUUGGGCAACUUUGUCGGUCCGCUUCUGUUCAAGCCCAAGGACGCGCCUGGCUACGCUCCAGGAUUCGUCGCUGUAUUGAUCACUUCGAUAGUCGCAGCAGCUUUGGCCAUCGUAUAUCGCUAUGUUUGCAUUUUUGAAAACAAGCGUCGAGAUAAGACUUCCGCCGAAGGGUUCGAGAAUGCUUUCGAAGACGAUUUGACGGACAAGAAGAACCCACAAUUCCGAUACACGAUAUAG